AUGGAGCGUGACGCCUCUCACGUAGCUCUUGAGCCGGGGGGGGACUCGCAGGACACCCCUCCCCCCGGCGGUGGCACGAAAGAAGGAGAGCAGUGCGGAGCUGCGGAUGUAGCGCAACCAGCCAUGGCCACACAACCAACAACCACACAAGGAGCGGCAGCAGGACCUGCAGACGAAACAGCGCCGCCAUCACCACGACAAGGCAGCAACUCCACUUCCCGGAAGGUUCGUGAAGCUCCGGCAAGAAAAACGAUGGAGCUCAUGAGCCAAGGCGGGUUGCACCUCAAGGAUAUCCUCGGGGACCCUAGCAACGACAGCACUCCGGUGGAAGCGAUGAGGUCCAUCAUGGUCCGCGGGAAGGAGCACGGCUGGACAACGUCUCAGCUCUUCGGCGUCUUUCUCGAGACGUUCGAUACAGAUGGCAGCGGUACGAUAGAGCUGAGCGAGUUUAUCCGCUGGUGCCUCGACAUCGACACGAUGGCCUGGAAGGCCGAACGUGUCCGAAGGACAACGGGGGGGCAGACCAGUGGUGGACACGGAAAACGUGGCGACGGGGAAAUCGGUAUCGAUGAGGCGGCAGCUAGGAUGGCCGGUGAAGUAGCUCAGGCCCAGCUGCCUCCGGAGCAGCCCCGGUUUCCCCUCGGAACCCUAAUCUACGAGGGAUCCAAGCUAUUCUGGAGGACCGGGGAAAGUCUACGAAUCGCCAUGCACGAGAACAAGGAGAAGCAUUGCAUAGCGAUCUCCACGAUGCUUGAGGGGGAGUCAGAACCCUUCCCGGUGUUGAAGGUGGACUCCAGGCUGAUUCGGGUCAAUGGAAAGGAUGCGGUGCUCGAGAGGAUUGCUGAGAUGACAGAAGCGGACAAAGGUGAAAUUCAACGCUUGCCCGAGGACGCCAGGGCGAAGCUUUUCGACAAGGCCAGGGCUUCCGUUCUCUCGGACUACCUGCUGGCCAGGCUCAAGUUGAUCGAUGGACGCGACGCGGACGGGAACGCCACAGACACACAGGCCUCCGCGGCGGCGAUAUCCGCCGCAGCGCGCCUGGGUUUAGGUGGAGUGGGGCCAGGUACGGCUCCGGAAUCCGCAUCAACAGCGCGAGCUCCGGAGACGCCAGCGGAGCCUGUUGAACCUCCCGGGGAGGUUUCGUUACCUGUGACCAAGUCGGACUCGAUUUUUCCUAUAGGAACGCCGACGCCAGUGGUGGUCAAGCUACCUGAGGACGAUGGCGGGGAAUCGGGGUCGUUCCUGCUGGAGGAUGAACUGGUUUUCUCCGAACUGCACACUUUCUCCAAGCAUGUCUCUUACAAGGAUUUCAAACGUGUCGAGAACGAGGUGUCCGAAGGGCUCAAAGAUGGGCACGAUAGGAUUGAGAACGCCGACAAAGCACAGCGAAGAGCGCAUGGCUCUCUGGAGAACCCCCAUCACAGAACGUCGGCCUUUUUCGGCGACGGUGCGAAGCCCCUGCUAUCAUCCUCCAGCACCCCUACCACCACAAAACCUGAGGCAGUGCCGAGGACAUCUGCCAACGCAAAAGUGUCCACGGGGAGAGUGAAGAGCAGCGUCAGCAGGAAAAGCGGAUCGGGCGGGACAACUCUGCCGCCAACCGAGCGUACCAAAAGAACUUCGAGUCACUCGCAGCGACCUGCGACAGGAGGUGGUCGCAGAAGAAGCUCGAAGGACGGCGUCACUCGAAGGAGAAGCUCUAAGGAGCAAAUAAGUAAACCACCACGGAAGAGCGGAGGCGGAGGUGGGGCCAAAGGCGGGUCGGUGUCGACGGGUGACGCCGCCAGUGGCGCCGGUUCACGGCUGUCGGCGAGCUUGUCCAGGCCAACAGCUUCGUCGGCAGAAAGGAACACCUCGCGGGUCACCGGCACAUAG